AAAAAGGAAAUGUUAACUGCCGCAAGAAGCCUGAGCCGAAGCCCGUCUGUUUGUGUUGAGUUUCUGAUAAACGGCGACUGAACACAACCAAAUGAGUGUGAAUAUUUACUAAUGGCUUUAAUUUAACUACCAAAGAUGGUAGUUAGCCUUGGGUCAACUCGGGAACUGGUUCAGCUCGGAAAACUCUGCUACGGAGAGGAAUGCCUUUGCUGGUUUACUAGCUAGCUAAGUUAGCGUUAGCUUUCAGGAUGGGCAACUGAACGCUAACAGAACAGGGGAAAUAUCAACCUACAAUGAUUGAAUCCUGAGAGUACACUUCCUGGAAAACGCGACGGAGACAGGAGAGUUUUGUGUGUGCCUUGAGCUACCUCCGAACAGUGCCGAUACUGUUUACAUGAUGAAGAACUGCGAGUACCAGCAGAUCGAUCCGCGGGCGCUGUCGGUGUCCCCCUCGUCCGCACAGAAUCACACCGAGAAGAAGGAGCAGCGGACAAGGAGGAAAUGGGAGGUGUUCCCGGGGAAGAACAGGUUUUUCUGCGAUGGACGGAUCAUCCUGGCCAGACAGAGCGGUGUCCUUCCUCUGACAAUGGGCCUUAUUGUUGUCACGUGUGGCCUUUUCUUUGCAUUCGAUUGCCCAUUCCUGGUGACGCAUCUCACCGUCUUUAUACCUGUGAUUGGUGGGGUGCUCUUUGUGUUUGUGGUCACCUCCCUGCUGAGGACCAGCUUUACAGACCCAGGCAUCUUACCCAGGGCCACCCCAGAUGAAGCAGCAGACAUAGAGAAGCAGAUAGAUACCUCAGGAUCCUCUACGUAUCGCCCCCCUCCGCGAACUAAGGAGAUCCUCAUCAACCAGCAGGUGGUAAAGCUCAAAUACUGCUUCACUUGUAAAAUGUUCCGCCCUCCUCGGACCUCCCACUGCAGCCUGUGUGACAACUGUGUGGAACGAUUUGACCACCACUGCCCGUGGGUGGGGAACUGUGUGGGCAAACGCAAUUACCGUUUUUUCUACAGCUUCAUCAUCUCUCUGUCUUUCCUGACAUCUUUCAUAUUUGGCUGUGUCGUCACACACCUUACGCUGCGUUCUCAGACAGGUAAAAGCCUCGUUCAAGCCAUUCAGGAGAGCCCUGCCAGUGUGGUGGAGUUGGUGAUUUGCUUCUUCUCCAUUUGGUCUAUUCUGGGCCUCUCAGGCUUCCAUACAUACUUAGUAGCCUCCAACCUCACAACAAAUGAAGAUAUAAAGGGCUCCUGGUCGAGUAAAAGGUGUGCGGAGGAGUCUGGCAACCCGUACAGUUACAACAGUAUUAUAACCAACUGCUGUGCGACGUUAUGUGGCCCCAUGCCACCGAGUCUGAUCGACAGAAGAGGUUUCCUGCCUUUUGACGAGGCAAUCCCUGCUGCCUCGGCCUCGGAGAUAGAGCUGCCUCCCUUCUCCGCCAAGAACGACGCACACAUGUGCACUCAGAGCACCAAGGACGUGCUGGAGAGGAUGGUCCACUCCUACGACUCUCAUGCCCUGUGCCCUCCUGGCACCCCAAAGACCACCCCUCUGGACCUGGAGGUUUCCAGCACUGCAGCACCUUCCACAGAACCUUCACCCUCUGCUGGUUGCUCAGGGCAGCGCUCCCGCCAGCCCGUGGCUGCUCCCUGCCCGCCGUUCAGCAGAAGCAGCAAGAGGAGGGAUUCUCUGCACUCCAUCAACCCAGCCUUCCGCCUGGCUUCUCCCUCUCCGUCGCUGAGCCGCACCACCUUGAUUCUGGGCGAUGCACCCGACAUUGGCUUCAUCCCGCUGCCCUGAGUGCACCCAGUAACCAUAAGAGAACAGAACACUGGACUGGCAGUGUUUUUGGCGACAAAGGAACUUUUUCAUGGGUGUUGUCACGCCGUGUGUUACCGUUUUGGUAUCUGAAGAUGUCAGUCUGAUGAGUUAAUGAAGCAUCACCUGGAGGGUUUUUAUGUUCUGAGUUUUAUCAACUAUGUCCUACUAUAUGUGUCCUUCAGGACAAAGUUAAAUCUUAGUAAUACUUGGAAGCACAAUAGAGAGAUAUAUUUUUAACACCUUUUUAUUAAGACACCCAGAACAUGCCUCCACACCUUCCACAGAACCUCAAGCCAUACGUCACAUCCGCAGUGUUUAUGUUCUCGCUGAUAUAUUAUGCAAACAGGUCUUUAAAUCUGGGAAUACUUACAGUAAGAGUGUGGAUGCAAGAAGUACAAAGGCAGAUAUUGAAAUUUACUGAACUGGCGUGCACUGCAUAGUAAGCCCUUUCAGGAUUAUCUGCUCAAAAGUUGGCCUUACGUCAUGUCUCAUCAUUUCCAGUCAUCUAGAUCUACACGGUCCCAGUGUCAUGAGGUGGAUCCAGCUUGACGGUUUUCACAUGUUCGAGCAAUCAGAGUUUAAAGAGGGAGCACAAGAUUUUAUUUUCAGUGUUUGCAUAUCAAUGUCUUUGCUGUAUUUUGUAAUCAAUUCUGCAUGUCCUUAUCAGAUGCUCUUAGGCUAAUUAGUAAACAUAUUUUUGUGAGGUGUAUCACUGAAAGAGGGUAAUUAAUUAAUUUUACAGGUAAAACUGAGUGAAUAUAUUCAGGUUAUUUUCCACGUAUGACUGGAUAUUACUGAUAAAAUAGUUCCUCCAUAUAUUUUAAUGAGUUCACGUUGCUUUAUCUGAUUUGUUGGCUGUCAAAAGCAAGUUUUUGAUUUAAAAUGUGCUGCUUGGAUUGCAGUAUUAAUCUCUGACACACUGUUUACUGUUAAUGUGAGCUACUGGGAUGUUUCAGUACGUGCAAGCAUGUUUUUCUUUGCCUCUUUGGUGGCUCGACGUAUGGACUUCAAGCAGACUUAAUGUUUAAGGAAUGUUGAUGAGGCCUCUUUACAUGCUCAUUUUCAUGGCUGUGACCUUUUGCUCUUAUAUCAUGAAACUUAACCCUGUGAUGGUGGAGUACAGUAACAGUAAAUAGCAGGAGUUAGAUUGUGCCACUAGGGGGCAGCAUGUGAUUUAAGAUCGCAGCCUAAGCAGAGGACAGUGUAGUAACAUGAAAAACAUUUAGAAGAAAGGCCUUUUGAUGUUUUGUUUUUUUUUGUAAUCGAGCGCUGAAGCUGUACAUAGGUUGUGAGUUUGUGAAGAACCAUGUUGCCAUAGUCAGUGGGUCGUUCAUUUAUCAGUCUGCAUCACGACCCGUAGGUUGUGUAGACAUGUACAAGCAGUGCUUGUAUGAACAAAUUUGUUUGUAUUUUGUAGGAUGUAACAGUGGAACUGUAAAAUUUGGUCAAUAAAAAUGAUCGGUUUUGUCGAUUUGAGCC